GAGAGGGAGGGGAAACUAAUCGCGAUUUAUCUACAACACGAGUUGGUAGGGCAUGACUACUGUCAUUAUCCCUGUUCCUCCGGCAAUACUACAUGUUAUCAUCCUGCAUACCAAGCAGUGUAGCCCGGUCCUGUCGUUGCUGAUUGACUGCCUGCUGAGACAAAUAAAGACAACGAGAGGCUCCAGAGCGGGACCCGCUGCGCGGAGAGUGAACAAAGAAGAGACGAACAGGUAGCAGCGACUAAAGAAGGAAACGGCAUCGCACCUUAUUUGAUCUCUUAUUCAGACAUGGUGGAUACCCAGCUCCUCGCAUGGCCGAUGGGCUUCAGUCUGACCCCUGUAAACCUGGAGGAGCUUGAUGACAGUUCUCACUCUCUGGAUAUGAAACCAUUCACCACCCUGGACUACACUAGCCUGGACUACGAACACGGACCCACCAGCUCCAGACCCAGACCCACCCAGGCCCACCACUACCAAGCCAGCCCCAGCCCCAGACCCAGACCCAGACCCACCCAGGCCCACCACUACCAAGCCAGCUACAGCCCCAGUCACCUCAGCCCUAGACCUGGCCAGGGUUACCAGCCCUGCCCCAGCCCUGGCUCCAGCCCUGACCUGGGCCACCACCUCACAUACAUGGACUACAUGUACAACCACAGCCAGGUUCAAGAGGGACACGGUUGUAUAAAGCUGGAGCCAGAGUCUCCUUCCCAGUACUCAGACAGCAGUCCUCUCUACUCCAAGCUACAGGACGACGCCACAGCUUCCCUACUCAACAUAGAGUGUAGAGUCUGUGGAGAUAAAGCUUCUGGCUUCCACUACGGAGUCCAUGCCUGUGAAGGGUGUAAGGGGUUCUUCCGCCGGACCAUCCGGUUGAAGCUGGUUUAUGACCACUGUGACCUGCACUGUCGCAUCCACAAGAAGAGCCGCAACAAGUGUCAGUACUGUCGCUUUCAGAAGUGCCUGGUGGUGGGCAUGUCUCACAAUGCCAUUCGUUUUGGCCGGAUGCCCCAGGCUGAGAAGGAGAAGCUCCUAGCUGAGUUCUCUACUGACAUGGACACCAUGCACCCUGAGGCUGCCGACCUGAGGAGCCUGGGCAAGCUGCUGCUGGAGUCCUAUCUCAAAUACUUCCCCCUCACUAAGGCCAAGGCCAGGGCCAUCCUGUCUGGGAAGACUGGGGACAACGCGCCAUUUGUAAUCCAUGACAUGAAGUCUCUUCAGGAAGGAGAGCGGUUUAUCAACUGCAGACAGAUGCCGGUCCAUGUUGUCCAGGAGACCAGGCCUGGGACUGGGACUGGGACUGGGACUGGCUGUGGUCCAGGUGGAUGUCUGGCAGUAAGUGAAGGUCUGGGUGGAGGUGUUGGUCUGGUCCAGGAGCCCACUGACGAGGUGCAACUCAGGUUCUUCUACAGCUGUCAGUCGCGCUCCGCCGAGGCCGUCCGAGAGGUCACAGAGUUCGCAAAGAGCAUCCCUGGCUUCGUGGGAUUGGACCUGAAUGAUCAGGUGACUCUGCUGAAGUACGGCGUCAUCGAGGUGCUCAUCAUCAUGUGGGCUCCGCUCAUGAACAAAGAUGGUACGCUGAUCUCCUAUGGACAGAUCUUCAUGACCAGAGAGUUCCUGAAGAGCCUGAGGAAACCCUUCUGUGAUAUGAUGGAGCCCAAGUUUGAGUUCUCUGUCAAGUUCAACACCCUGGAGCUGUAUGACAGUGAUAUGGCUCUCUUCCUCGCCGUCAUCAUCCUCAGUGGAGAUCGUCCAGGCCUGCUGAAUGUGAAGCCCAUUGAGGAACUACAGGAAACAGUCCUACACUCUCUGGAGCUCCAGCUGAAACUUAACCACCCAGACUCCCUGCAGCUCUUCGCCAAGGUUCUGCAGAAGAUGACAGACCUGAGGCAGAUUGUAACGGACCACGUCCACCUGAUCCAGCUAUUGAAGAAGACUGAAGUGGACAUGUGUCUCCACCCCCUGCUGCAGGAGAUCAUGAGAGACCUCUACUAGUAGGGUCAAUAUGAAAAAUGAAAUGGCACCCUAUAUUCCCUAUAUAGUGCACUGCUUUUGCGCAAUAUAUGAAAUAGUUUUCCAUCCAAGGUUACGGAAAGACACUGGUUGAAAACAGCAUAUGUAUGUGUUAGUCCUAUUGAUGACACUGAUGAGGCAUAUUGGAAUAAUAUAUUAGGGACUAGUAGUUACCUGAGAUGUUAACCUGUCUGAGGUUAUAGAUUCUCAAUGGUCCUAUUGGCGCUGUUGGAAAGAAAAAAAAACUGUGAUUAUUAUGAGCCGUAAACUGUAGUUCUCUGUAUAUCACCACCACAAAUGAAUAUACGUUAUGAUAGAUUCUGUUCAUUACAGAGUUUAUAAACAAACACUUACAUACUUUUCCAUCUAUAAUAUCAAGAUGUAACUGUCUUAAAGAUGUUUCCCCAUAGAACCAAAUCGGCUACACUAGGUAACAGGCAGAAGGUCUACCUGUGAGAUCUGAUCUCAGUUGACUCACCUGCAACUUAGAGAGUGAACCUUCAUAAGGGGUUCUAUAGGGUUUCUAUAGGGUUUCUAUAGGGUUUCUAUAGGGUUAGGGUUUCUAUAGGGUUUCUAUAGGGUUAGGGUUUCUAUAGGGUUAGGGUUUCUAUAGUGUUUCUAUAGGGUUUCUAUAGGGUUUCUAUAGGGUUUCUAUAGUGUUAGUGCUUCUAUAGGGUUUCUAUAGGGUUUCUAUAGGGUAUAGGGUUUCUAUAGGGUUUAUAUAGGGUUUCUAUAGUGUUUCUAUAGUGUUUCUAUAGGGUUUCUAUAGGGUAUAGGGUUUCUAUAGUGUUUCUAUUGGGUUUCUAUAGGGUUUCUAUAGGGUUUCUAUAGUGUUUCUAUAGUGUUUCUAUAGUGUUUCUAUAGGGUUUCUAUAGGGUUUCUAUGGGGUUUCUAUAGUGUGUGAGCUCAUUAUGUAAGAUGAAUAUACAAUAUUGUGCAUCAUAUGAUAUUUUGAAUAAUUUGCCAGCUGUAUAAUUUGUACUUUGUAUACAAUGAGUGUGUGAAAUAAAAGCCAUAUAAAUAAAUACACAUUUUUGUACAUACAUAGAUGGAUAAAUAAAUACUAAAUCUCAGAGCUUAGUUUAAAGUGCUGUACUUGUUGUAUUUCAAAUAACAGUAUUUUUCUGAUUUUUAUGUUGAUGUUAUUUGCUACUAUUUUUUAUUGUAGAAACAAACAUUUUUAUUUUCAAAGUGCAAAUGGACUAAUAAAUAAAUAAAUAUUUUCUA